CGCUGGUGCACGAAAGUGAGGCUUAUCCUGAGUCGCAUCUCGUCUGUUCACCACACAAUCGCUAAUAUAAUCGAAAAUGGAGCACAAAACUACUAGAAAGAAGCAAGCGAGACGAGGAAAGGAGUGUGCGGCCUCUGAAUGUACGAAUACAGAAUAUUUACGCACUGGAAAAUCGUCUGGCUUGCGAUUUUUUCACUUCCCGAAAAAGCGUUCAUUAAUACAGCGAUGGUGCAACCUUAUCAAGAGACACAACGGUCGAGAUGGGUUCGUAGUUACUUCAAAUACUGUUAUUUGCGAACAGCAUUUUCCUGCUAGUGACAUCUUCAAACGUCCAGGAGGAAGUAGAAGUAGAUUACGUGAUGGUAAGAGUUUAUAUAAGUUGAUUCAGCUAAGUUGUAGCUGCUUUACGUAAACGAGUCCAUUCUCAAAUUAUAAACACAAUGAACUGAUAAAAUAUAUUCAUUUCAGGAGCUGAACCAUCGAUAUUUCGGUGGACGUCUGGUAUCUGUAAACAGAAAAGAGCGUCACCAAAACUACGAAUCCCAAUGUCAGUCAAUUCGACAGACACCACAACUUCAAAAGUGACAACAACCGAACCAACAACCACCACAACUUCAAAAGGGACAACAACCGAACCAACAACCACCACAUCAACAUGUAAUACGACUGUAAAUAUGGGCUACGAAACCUUUCAGAAUUCGAAUGAACCGGAGGACCAGGAAGUGUUUCAUGUUGAAGCAAUUCAUUCAGAAUGCUUGCCUUCACUUAUGGUAACAUAAACCAUAAUUAAUUAACCAUAGUUAAUUAUGCAUAAACUUUAGAAAGUUGUCCUAAAAUAACCAUAAAGCUUGCAUCUUUGUGCUGCAAUGUUCUUUAAUGUACAUGGCAAACAACCUACGUUAUCACAUGAAAAAAGCUAGUUUGUGUAAAUAGGUUGAAACCAGUUUAAUUUUGAUUUCAUAUUUUUUUUUUUUUGUGAUGUGUCAACCCAAACUGAUAUCUCAUGGCCUCUGCUGUCCAACUGUGCACCUAUUUCUCAUGACCAUAACUAUGCAUUUGAACUGAAUAAGUCACCAAACAACAGCACUGAGUACAUAUUGACUAUGGAAGAAAGGUUACAAGUACAGACUGAGAUGGUUGAUAAUCUACAAAAGAAAGUUGGCAACCUACAACAAGAACUAGAGGAGUACAAAGAUCGUGAAUUUAAACUGGAUAAUUUUAAAGAUGACAAUGAUGCAAUUACAUUUUACACUGGCUUUCCAAGCUAUGAGACUUUAAUAGGAUUUUAUGAAUAUUUCAAAGAAAAACUUGCAAAGCUGCAAUACUGGAAUAAAUGCAAUGCACCAGAUUCAUAUCAUUAUCAAGAAGAGGGAAGAAGAAAGCCUGGGCCAAAGCGAAAACUUUCACCACUUACUGAAUUUUUUAUGGUUUUGGUAAGAUUGAAAGUUGGUCUCUUUGUUAAGGAUAUUGCAAGUAGGUUUGGAAUAUCUCCUGGACAAUUUUCCAGAAUAUUUUGUACCUGGGUGAACUUUCUAAAGCUAGAAUUGCAGUUGGUAUUUCCCUUUCCUUCACAGUAUCUUGUAAGGAAGAACAUGCCUGAUCAGUUUAGAUUGUAUCCAACUACUCGUAUCAUUCUUGAUUGCACUGAGCUUUAUGUUGAAGUUCCAUCUUCAAUGCUUGCACAGUCACAGACAUGGUCCAACUACAAGCAUCAUAACACUUUCAAAGUAUUAGUAGGAAUAUCACCAAAUGGUCAAGUGACAUUUGUGUCAAAGCUAUGGGGUGGCCGUGUUUCUGACAAGGAAAUCACACAACAAUCAGGAGUGAUGCACUUAUUAGAACCUGGGGACAAUGUAAUGGCUGACAGAGGAUUUGAUAUUGGUGGUAUUUUGCCACCAGGCUGUCACCUGAAUAUCCCACCUUUUAAGGGCAUCAGAGACCAGCUGACAGCUGAUGAAGUCCAGGAAACAGCCCGCAUUGCAUCAGUGAGGAUACAUGUUGAGCGUGCUAUUGGUCGCAUAAAGAACUAUCAUAUUCUAGAAGGUACUUUACCUUUGAGUUUAGCACACGUAGCCGAUCAAAUAUUUUUUGUAUGUGCUUAUCUUACUAACUUUUUAACUCCUCUUCUUGAGCCUCAAAUGUGAAGUUGAUUUACAUCUACUGUCAAAAAUAUACAAUAUAUGCUUAUGCAAAUGAUUAAUUGAAUUAAAUGAUGUCAUCAAUGACAACUGAAUACUGAAAUAAUAAACAUGUGAGGCAAUAACAUUUACAAUGAUACUGUUACUACUACUUUGCAGUUAAUAAUAUUCCAAUUUGAAGUUGUGUUAACUAACUCCAGCAUAAAAGAAAUAGUUUUUUUAAAUUCUCUUGGUUAAUGCAAUAUUGUAGUUGUGUACAUUUUUACAUACCAUGAACUGUGAUAAAGAAUAUAUUACAUAAUACUGAGGCUGAAGUUGCUGUCAAUGGAACUGUAAAAUGGAAUGUCCCCCUGAUUAUGAAAAUCCAUCUGUCCAAUAAUAGUUUGAAAGGUUAUAUCACAAGCAUGUCUGAUACACUCCAAUAACUUAAUAUUCUAACACAACAGUAGAAUUGAUUCAAGAAG